GUGCAUCCCUUUUCGGCCGGUCGCUCAAAACCGCCCCGAUGCGAAUUGACGUGUUUGUGUACUUCCUCACAAACUGCAACAGCACUCGCUUGAAUAUUCCAAUACGUUCAGCUUGAAGAUUCCAAUUCAUUCAGUAUUUAAAUGUUAUAAAAUCAAACUACAAAAUGUAUACAAUAUUUGCCUGAACCAUAUUCUUCGAUUAUCGGAAUCAUAUUAAUGAUUCUCGUCCUGUAAUUUUUGACGGUCACCGAACACAAUUGCAGAUACCUGAGAUAUGAGUCACAAGUCUGUGCAUAUUCAAAGUUAAUAUUGCUAAACUAUCACCAACAAUAUUGGACGACUGAUGAGAAUAGUUUUCCAAGAAUCAUUUAAACCCCGCACAUUUUGGAUGAGAAUAACCAAUACAAAUCAAAUACACUAGCCUAGAAAAACUGAUGUGAUAUUUUGAGCAAAUAUGAUAAUUCAUAUCAGAUCGGUGGUAUUACAAUGAGAAGAAUCAACCGUCGGUUGGUUUUGUUACUUAUCAUACUUGUGUGUGACGUAGUAAGUGUUUUCGGGCGACCUCAAGAGCAAAAUACAGCUAGCAGCCAAUUGAAAGAUGAUCAUGUUAACAGGAAAGAUGAUACGCCAAUCGUUGUGUUCGCGGAAACGUCCGCCAAUACAGGUGAUGCCCGUGCCCAUACUACUAAAGCACCGUUAAUGGGUGAUUCCAUGAAGUCUGUUAGCGAUCAACUUUUGCAAACGUCUACGUCUAGCAAUGUCAUCGUGUCAACGGAAAUCAGAACGGUCUCGAAGAACGAAUCGCCUUUAAAAGGAGAAGCAGUACCAGUGCUCACCGAUGAUGAUGUACACGCCGUUGGCCCGUAUAGUUAUAAGAUAUCGUCUGAUGGCUCAACAAGACCAACAGGAGACUUAUCUACUUGGAUUUUGUUGGGUGGUGAAUCUUCUCCGGCUCCAUUGAAUAUGGCUACAAUUAAGAAAGUACCUAAACCAGCCGAUACUACUGCCUCUUCGUUUGUGCAGUCGUUCGAAACUACUACUCCUAUGAGGAAAAGAAAACCAACUACUGAAAGAAUGAGCACCACACAUUCUCCAGUUACGGAGUCCUCGAUAAAAUUGCAAGACUCCAAGUUUAAAAAUAAGACACCAAUCAUUGUUGGGAAAAUACCUACUACAACUACAUUAAAAGAUAAAAUUGAAGAACCGACCACAGCUCUUCCUGAACUACCUCCACUUGAUAACAAUACGAGAUUUGGCACUCCUGUUGUCACAUUCCCCCAUGUACCACCUAGACAAAGGCCGUCCGCAAAUAAUACUAAAAAACCAGAAAAACCAAUGACGACUAAAAUUACUUCUACCGCCGUAGUUAUUUCUAAGCCUUUAAAUAACACAAUGCAAGUUUCUUCUACUGUUGCACCUACGGUUUCCACCUCAACUUCUUCGACUACAGUUAUGAUUCAAAAUUCUACUGAAAUCACACGAAAUACCACAGAGUCAAAUAGCUCUACUGUUAAUAAUACUUCGUUGAAGAAAAAGAAGAAGAAGAAGAACAAGAAUAAACGCAGACCUGUAAUUAAAACUUCAAAUGAUGUUGCACAAAGCAAAAUCGACGAACAAAGCACUAAAGUAACACCAGGUCGACCAUUGUCAACUCGCAUUUAUAAUUAUCUAGCUCGUGAAGUUAUGCCAAACGUUGGAGUAGGUUUAGUAGGUUUGAUGUUGACAGCUGGUUUAGCAGGCUUACUAUUAUACUCACCGUUAGGUGGAGCUGCUAUACCAUUGGUACCAUUAAGGCGUAAUGAUCCUCACAUGCACGGCCAUAGUCAUGGACAUGGGCCCGGAUACGUGCCACCUGAGACUGAUAAUUCUCAACCAGAAGAACAAGUAUUUGGCCAAGUUUUGUCCGGAAUGUCUUACGGUCAUAAUCCAUAUGGCAGAGAACGUCCCGACGUAGUUCCCAAAUACAAACCAUCAUAUCAACCAACUGAUUAUCCUGCUGUUCACGAUGUGCCUAAAUAUAAUGCCCAUGAUACUACUAAAUACUCUGCUCAUGAUGCAACUAAAUAUACAGCACCGGACACUACUAAAUAUUCAACUCUCGAUGGAACCAAAUACGCUGUAGUGGAAAGUACUAAAUAUUCCGGUCCGGACACCAGCAAAUAUUCCGCUCCGGAUACAUCAAAGUAUUCGACAAUCGAUAUAAGUGCCCCUCAAGAAAAAGUAUCGUAUCCUUCUUUAGAUACGUCUCAAGAACCAGCAUUUGAACCAACUCAAGAUAGCCAAGAUCAGAGUUACCAGAAUCAACACUACGAACAACUCAAAUUUGAUUCAUCUAACGCUUACGAUCAGCCAAAGUAUCAAAGUACUUCACAGGUUAAAGGAACUUAUCAAGAAGAUCAAUCUUCUUUUGAAGUACCCAAGUACCCUGGAUAUGUUCAAGAUGUACCGAAAGAAGAAGCUGUAGCUGUUAACUAUAAUUUCGAUAACCACCGAACUGACGAAAAAGAAACUUCAACGGCUGCAUCGUCUGAUCCUACAUUUUCUGCGUUGCAAGGCGUACCCAAGUUUUACGAUUCAAGUUUAAAUUCUGAACAGAUAUCUGUAAACGUUCAUCAAACCAUGAAAAUGGAACACGGGCCUCGAAGCUUAAGAAUAAGGCGUCAAGUGGAUGAAAAUAAUGAAAUCGACGCUCAAUUACCAGAAGAGACCACAAUUAAACCUAUUGAAGAUAACUCCACUAAAACGGUUGAAAAUCAAACAGAUGAUAACACUGGAUCAACUACAACAACAGAUGCAACGACAGCAUCGAACAAAAUACCCACUUCGUCAGAAUUUCCUGCAGCUAACAAUAACCAUUUCUCACUGGUAGACUUCAUAAAAAGAGUUGCUGAGGCCAAAUUAAAAAUGGGAAUAGAGAUUUUAAGAAACACAGCGGCAAGCUUCACUCAAUAUAUGAACGCCAUACAGAGAAGAAUGACACACAUGGUUAGAAAUUUACAAAAAUCCAAUGACAGGCAACAGUUUGAAAACAAGGAGGAACAAAAUACAAAUCCAGACUCCACUGUAGCCGAUGAGACACGGCAACGGAGAUCAAUAAGAUAUAGGCUUUAUUCAAAUUAGACACUUUAGAGUUAAAAUAAGUUUGGUGAAGUGAUGGGUAUGUACAAUGAAUUGGGGAAUUUCUCUUACAAUAAUUUAAAGACUAAAAACUUAACCUAAAAAUGUUCCAUACAAUUUUUUUAUGAAUUUAUUUUUAGGCUCAAGUUUUGGGAUCUACAAGCAUAUUGUAAAUUAAAUUGAUUUGUAAUAUGUUUUUGAGAGAAAAAUAACAUGUUUUUUUGUAUUAAAUAUUUAAUUAUAUAUUGUAAGCUUAAGUAUGCGAUAC